CCAUGAAGUGUCAACAUGAAAAAUGACACAGAAGUCACCACAUUUGUACUGAAGGGCUUCACAGACAAUCGUGAACUGCAGAUCAUCUUAUUUUUUCUAUUUCUAGCAAUCUACCUCUUCACUCUGAUUGGAAAUUUAGGACUGGUUGUAUUGGUCAUUGGGGAUUCCAGGCUCCACAACCCCAUGUACUAUUUUCUGAGUGUGUUAUCAUUCUUGGACGCUUGCUAUUCAUCAUCUGUUACCCCAAAUAUGUUAGUAGAUUUUAUGUCAAAGAAUAAAGCCAUUUCAUUCCUUGGAUGUGCAACACAAAUGUUUCUGGAUAUAACUUUUGGGACCACAGAAUGCUUUCUUUUGGCAGCCAUGGCUUAUGAUCGCUAUGUAGCCAUCUACAACCCACUCCUCUAUUCAGUUAACAUGUCACCCAGAGUCUAUGUGCCGCUCAUCAUUGCUUCAUAUGUUUCUGGUAUUUCACAUGCUAGGUUACACACAGUAGCAACUUUUAGCCUCUCCUUCUGUGCAUCCAAUGAAAUUAGACAUGUCUUUUGUGAUAUUCCUCCACUUCUUGCUAUCUCCUGUUCUGACACUCACAUUAACCAGCUUCUACUCUUCUACGCCGUGGGUUCUAUGGAGAUAUUCGCCAUCCUGAUUGUCCUAAUCGCCUAUGGUUUAAUUUUGUUGGCCAUUCUGAAGAUGCAUUCUGCUGAAGGAAGGCAAAAAGUGUUUUCCACUUGUGGCUCUCACCUAACUGGAGUGUCAGUUUACCGUGGAACAAUCCUCUUCAUGUACAUGAGACCAAGUUCCAGCUAUGCUUUGGAUCAUGACAUGAUAGUGUCUAUAUUCUACACUAUUGUGAUUCCCAUGGUGAAUCCCAUUAUCUACAGUUUGAGGAAGAAACAUGUAAAAGAAGCAAUAAAAAAAGUGUUUGGGAGAAAUUGGUUUAUCAAUAAAGUAUAUUUUUAACACUAAAAAUUAAAUUAAAAAAAAUCAAGAGCCAUAGCCUGUGUCUCAAUAUAAAGAUAUGAAAAAUUGAAAAAUUCAGUUUUAGUUUAUUAGUGUCUUUCCGUUCUUCUUGAAUAUUUUGAAAUAAAUAGUCAACCUGUAACCUCUGCUAUGUUAACACGUACAGAAAAACCAUGCCAUAAAUUUGCUUCUUACUUUGUUCAUGCUGAUAUAUGUACAUAUGUGCAGGUGUGUAUGGGUAUAUAUACAUACAUAUGUAUACACAUACAUACAAUGGUUCUGUUAUAUAUACAUGUGCACAUAUAUGUGUAUACAAUCAGUAUUUUUUAUAUUAUAAAAAGUACAAUCUGUUCUUAUACUUUAUUUUAUAUUAUAUUUCAUUUUUAUAUUAUAUUUUUAUAUUAUUUUUUUCACCUUCUUUCUUUUUUUUUUUUAAUUUUUAUUAAGCUUCAAGUGAACAUUUACGAUUCCAAUCAGUCUGUCACAUGUAGGUUUGCAUACAUCUUACUCCCUUCUCCCACUUGCUCUCCCCCUAUUGAGUCAGCCCUUACAGUCUCUCGUUUCGUGCCAAUUUUGCCAUCUUCCCUCUCUCUCUAUCUUCCCAUCCCCCCUCCAGUCAAGAGUUGCCAACACACUCUCCAGUGUCCACCUGAUUUAAUUAGCUCACUCUUCUUCAGCAUCUCUC